AUGGCUCCUAAGGACGACGACUUUGUCCUCACGCUGUCCGACGAGGACAUUCCUCUCGAUGAGGAUGAGGAUAACGUCGAUGAAUUUGGAAAGUCGCCAGCUGUGGAUAACAAGAAGCGCAAGCGUGAGGUUGAAUCUACCAAGGACAAGAACAAGAAGCAAAAAAAACAAGCGAAAAAUGUGAAGGGCAAAAAAGGCAAAGCUGAACCCGUCAUUGAAGAGGAGGAGGAUGAGGAGGAGGAAGAGGAAGAAGAUGAUAUUGCUGAGACUGCUGAAGACGACGGUGUCUUGGAUCCAGAGUUCGAAUUUGACGUUGGCGGCUUGGCCAACAGCGGCGUAACUGAAGGGUUCGAUGGAUGGGGUGCUGGUGAUGACAGAAACAAUGGUCCCGGAGGUGAUAAGAAGGCUGUCGAUAUUGAUGAUAUUAUCUCUCGGAGGCAGGUCAAAAAGGACGCGGCUGCUGCGAAGAAGCAGAAAAAAGCUGCAGUGGUGGAAGAAAUUGUUUCCGAAGAUGAUGAGCAAGAUGGCAUGUCUGUGGACUUCGAGGAUGAUGAAUUGAUGGCUGAUGAUGCAUUCGGCAUGGGUGCCGACGGCCAGGAAGAAAGUGAGGCGGAGGGUCCCUCUGGCCCAGAAGAUGAGGAAGAUUCCGACAACGCCGAGGACAAUAGGAAUGAAGAUUCCGACGACGACGACGACGCAUCCGAUAAUGACUCUGUUGCCACACCAGUCCGUCACCCAGAUGACGUUGGAUCAGACCGCGAAGAAUCCGACGUUGAGAGCGAAGUGGACGACGAAGAAGCCGAGAAGCGUAAAGCUUUCUUUGCUCCUGAGGAACAGACCGACGACAAGGUUUCCGACGCUAAGAGCACAUUCCAAGACUUCAACCUUUCCCGGCCCAUCCUCCGAGGACUGGCUUCUGUUGGUUUCACCGAUCCCACACCUAUUCAACGCAAGGCCAUUCCCGUUGCUCUUCUUGGAAAGGAUAUUGUCGGUAGUGCCGUAACAGGUUCAGGAAAGACCGGUGCUUUCAUCGUUCCUAUCCUGGAACGUCUGCUAUUCAGACCCCGUAAGGUCCCUACCAGCCGUGUCGCUAUUUUAAUGCCUACUCGUGAAUUGGCGGUCCAGUGUUACAAUGUUGCCGUGAAGCUGGCUACUUUCACUGACGUUACAUUCUGUCAGCUCGUUGGUGGUUUCAGUCUCCGUGAGCAAGAAAACAUUCUUAAGAAGCGACCCGAUGUCAUUAUUGCCACACCCGGUCGUUUCAUCGAUCAUAUGCGCAAUUCGCCCAGCUUUACAGUGGAUACUCUAGAGAUUCUAGUGCUUGAUGAAGCCGAUCGUAUGCUAGAAGAUGGAUUCGCUGACGAGCUGAAUGAGAUCUUGACCACCAUCCCCAAGUCCCGUCAAACUAUGCUUUUCUCAGCUACUAUGACAGACACAGUUGACAAGCUGAUUCGUGUUGGUCUUCAGAGACCCAUGCGUUUGCAAGUAGAUGCCAAGAAGCAGACCGCUGUAACUCUGACUCAAGAGUUUGUCCGUCUACGACCGGGCCGUGAAGAUAAGCGCCUUGGAUAUCUCUUGCAUCUGUGCAAGGAAAUCCAUACCGGGAGAGUCAUUAUCUUCUUCCGACAAAAGAAGGAGGCCCAUCGUGUCCGCGUUGUCUUCGGUCUACUUGGGUUGAAGGCUGCAGAGUUACACGGUAGCUUGAGCCAGGAACAGCGUAUCAAAAGUGUGGAGGACUUCCGCGAUGGAAAGGUUGCUUUCCUUCUCGCCACUGAUCUGGCGUCACGUGGUCUGGAUAUCAAGGGUGUCGAGACCGUCAUCAACUACGAAGCCCCGCAAAGCCACGAGAUCUACCUGCAUCGUGUUGGUCGUACUGCUCGUGCUGGCCGCUCUGGUCGUUCCUGCACAAUAGCAGCUGAGCCAGACCGCAAGGUUGUCAAGGCUGCCGUCAAGGCCGGCAAAGCUCACGGAGCCAAGAUUGUCAGUCGUGUGGUUGACACCGCCAUCGCCGACGAAUGGGCCCAAAAGGCUGAGGACCUUUCCGACGAAGUUGAGGAGGUUCUAGAAGAAGAGAAGACGGAAAAGCAGAUGUCUCAAGCCGAGAUGCAGCUCAAUAAGAGUGACAAUCUCAUGAAACACGGAGGAGAGAUCAUGUCUCGACCAAAACGUACAUGGUUUGAGACUGAACAGCAGAAACAGGUAUCACGCAAACUUGGCGCUGUGGAGUUGAACGGAACCGAUGUUGCCAAGUCAAAGGAUGGCAAGAUCAAGCUCAGCAACAAGGACAAGAAGCGACUGGACGAUGCAAAGAUGCGACACGAAGGCAACGGCGGAUGGAAGAAGGGCAAGGCGGAGCGUGAUGCUCCUCAGACCAACCAAAAAAGAAAUAUAUCACGUGAAGUCGCCAUGGUGGUCGAGGGAAGUCCUUCCGACCCUAACAGUGCCGAUGUGCCUGUAAAGACGAGUUUACCGCGUAAGAGCGCCUUCUCGUGUGAGGCAUGCCGCAAGCGCAAGGUCAGGUGUAACGGAGCUAGCCCGUCAUGUUCGCGAUGCGCUGCACGAGGGGAGACAUGCGUGUAUAGUUUAGCCCCAACCUUAUCUUAUACAAAGCAGCUGGAAUCGAGAGUUUCUCAGUUGGAAGAUGCAAUCUCUGCGCUUCGAAGUCAGCAAGCUGAGGCCGAGACUAAGAAGGUGAGUUCGCCGUCUUCGGUCGCCGAGUCCAGCUCUAGCGCUGGCCGCAGAGUCAAAAUCGAGCCGGAUGAUUCUCACGACCUUGCGAGGGAGUUUGACGGCCUAAAUGUUGAAAAUGACGGUCGCAUUUCAUUCCACGGACCAACCAGUCUGUUUCAACUACCCAGAGUGGUUGCAAAUGAGGCUACAUCGGCAGCGCAUUUUGCGCAGGAGCUAGAGGCUCGAAAAGAGCGGCUGAUCAACAGUGCAUGGCGAGAACGGGCCUUUGAGCAGAUGGCUACAAUACCUGAACCUUUUCAAUAUCUCUUGGACUCUCAUUGGUGCUGGAUUCAGCCACUGUUCAACUUUGUCUAUCGCCCGGCCUUCACGCGUGAUAUGAAAGUCAAUGGUCCAUACUAUUCAAAUGGCUUGAUGAAUGCUGUCCUUUCUCAUUCGGUUCGGUGGUGUAAAUCAAAGCCACACAUUGGCCCCCUUCUAGACGCUUACGAUGGCGGCGCACAAUUCUACAAACUUUCGCUAUCUGGUCUCGUCGACUGUCUCCAGGCUGGCUAUGCAGAUAUUCCAACCGUUCAGACAUUAUUACUUCUAAGUGCGCAAGAAUGUGGUCGUGGCAAUCGAACACAGGCCUGGCUACACAGUGGCAUGGCCUUCCGCUUGCUGGAUGACCUAGGUAUUUCAAUUGACAGUCGCAAAUACCCCGGCGCGGCACAGCUAAGCGAUGAGGAUAUUGAGAUUCGCAAUCGUCUCUUUUGGAGUUGUUACUUCUGGGAUAAAAUGGUUUCACUUUAUUUUGGCCGGGCCCCAUCAAUGCAACAUUCUCGUGUCAGCCCGCCGCGCAUGAUAUUGGAUGACACUGCUGAGACAGAGCUUUGGACUCCUCAUGGUGUGACUUUCCCUGAUGGAGCGCAAUACCCACCCACACAGGCUCGUUCGACCUCGUGCUUCAUGAAAAUGUGCGGGCUGGCAGAGAUCCUAAACCAGAUUUUGAUUCAUAUCUAUGACCCAAUGCGCCAAAGUACCGAAGAAGAAUUCUUUGAAUGUGUUCAAGAGGAAUCUCAGAACCUUAGCGAAUGGUGGAAUGGAGUGCCAAAUUAUCUGAGGCUCGUGGCAGACGACCUACCACCAUAUUGCCCACCUAGUCAUAUUGUGACUCUGAACUCUCUAUAUCAUACUAUCAACAUUCUGCUCCAUCGCCCAAUUCUCUGCUCUCGAGAACUUCUGAAGACGCUGCAGGAGCCAUACGAUAAAAGCCAUUUAGUCCAGUGUAUGGCAUCAGCGACUACAAUUUUAGCCUUGUACGAUCUGUACCGCCGAACCUUUGGAGACAACCAUGUCGUCCUAUCCCUAGCCUAUGGUAUUUACACAGCAGCAUCGAUCUUCCUCCUAGAGAUCCAGGCCCUGAAGUACGCUGCCCCAGGUACACUGGAUAAGCUCAAGUUCUGCAUAUUCGCCAUGGAGCAGAUCAAGACCUCAAGCCCCGUUAUCACAACCGCGCUGAACCUAGUCUACCAAGAAAUCCAAAAACUCCAAAUUGACAUCCACGGCAACACACUCAAAAAUGAAGGCCAAUCCCAUUUACCUAACACACAAAUAAAAUUCCACCCCCAACCUCCCUCUAAUACCCAUAGCCAAUCACCCUCCCUCAGCAACAACCCUUCUCGUCAAGUCUCCCCAGCUCAGCAGCACCAGCGUCACGAAAGCCGCAGUGCACUGAGCACACAGCCCGGCACGCCCUCUUCAAAUAACGCACCCGCAUUGCUACCGGACUAUAACCCCUUCCAACAACAUCCGGUCGCAAACUUCGACCUCUCAUAUGUGGGUGAUAUACCCCAGAUGCCAACAACACAUCUCCUAGGCGGCAUGCCCAAUGCGGUGAUGAGAGUCGAUGACCCUGAUUCUUACGAUAUCACGCCUGAAGUGUUCGAGGCCUUUUCCUACGCGCAGCCAAUCACUACUAAUAUGGCUACUUCCUUUGAACAAAAUUGGAGUGGACAAGGUCCAUAG